CAAAGGGUGAAGGAGAGGCCGAAAAACUACGCAAAAUUCCAAAGAAGCCCUAUUAGACGGGAAACCCAGAAAAAGCCAACAAACAAGUGUUAUUUGUUCAGGAAAUUAGUAGUUAAUAAAAAUUGAGCAUUAUGGGAGUCUGUCUAUCUUGCUGCGGCCAAAGUGCCGAGGAAACCAACCUAAUGCCCUCGCCUGAGGAGCGAAGACAGCAACAAUUGGAGGCGGCGGAAAGGCGUCGACAGGAAAGUGAAAACCGAGGUAUUAAAAAUCCAGACAGUGUACGGAGACAGCAACAAAGGGCGGAAGAACUCCAGCGAAGGGAGGAGGAGGCCGCCCGACAGGGUCAAGGACAAUCCAAUCUAAGGUGGCAAACGAGCUAAAAGCAGGAGGAUCUCCAUCCUCUACUUGCUUAUAAAGCACAUCCACCUUUUCCCUUCUGUGUCGACUGCCUUUUGACCAGGCCUUUUGUACUGCUCCGUAUUUGUACUGUACUAUAUACACCCCCUGUAUUCCGAACUUUGUAUAUUUUUAAUCUUUGUAAACGGCCACCUUCGAUUUACCAUAAUCCGAAAACUUUUAGCUGGCGACCAAAUUGUACAACCAAAAAUAAAGUGCACACCAAAUUGUUAUCAGUGAUUGAAAAUUCAAA